AAAAAAAAAAAAAAAAAAAAAAACUCAGAGCAGAGGACGGAGAGAGAUCUCUUCAAGAAAAAUGUCAAUAUCCAUGGCGUUUUUCUCUCCACCGAUACUUCAAAACCCUAAUCUCAUCCCCAAGAUCUCAACCUCUCUUCUCUCUACCAAGCGUUUCUCUCUCAUCUCCGUCCCUCGAGCUUCCUCCGACAAUGGUACGACUUCACCAGCGUCUGCUUCAGUCUCGGCAACCACCGUCGUGGAGAUACCGAAGCCUGUGGCUGUGGCUGUAGAGGAAGUCCCGGUUAAAUCUCCGGAAAGCUCCUCCGCUUCUGGAAACGGCGCCGUUGGAGGUGAAGAGACUGAUUUGGGUACUGCUGCGACGGUAAUCAAAUUUGAAGAUGCAAAGUGGGUUAAUGGAACUUGGGAUCUGAAACAGUUCGAGAAAGAUGGGAAAACAGAUUGGGAUUCUGUUAUCGUUUCUGAGGCAAAGAGGAGAAAAUGGCUCGAAGAUAACCCGGAAACGACUAGUAACGACGAGCCUGUACUCUUCGAUACCUCGAUUAUUCCAUGGUGGGCUUGGAUGAAGAGAUACCAUUUACCCGAAGCCGAACUUCUUAAUGGUCGUGCUGCGAUGAUAGGGUUCUUCAUGGCUUACUUUGUUGAUAGUCUUACCGGAGUAGGACUUGUCGAUCAAAUGGGGAAUUUCUUCUGCAAAACACUCUUGUUUGUGGCUGUAGCCGGAGUUCUUUUUAUCCGCAAGAACGAAGAUUUAGACAAACUUAAGGAUUUGUUCGAUGAGACAACGUUAUAUGACAAACAAUGGCAAGCAGCGUGGAAAGAGCCAGAUCCAUCAACGGUUUCCUCAAAGAAGUGAACAAGUUUUUACAUCUUUCAUUUUCUUUUUUCGUUAUGCGAAAAUCUGUGAAUCAAUGAAAGUCUCUCUACUGAACUACUGAUCUUCAGAUUUGUAAUCUUUCUGCUUUAAAAAUCUCUGUGAAGUAGUCUCAAAGAAAACGUAUCUAAGGAAAGGUCUUUGACUUGUAAAGCAGACCUCUUCCGUUUUGACGCUUGAUAAAUUGAUCAAUGGGAGAUUUUUUAUGCUUUCUA